GUGGUCUCGGUCCUGCCCGGCCCGUGCAGCCGGUUCCUCUGGAGCCAGCCAGACGAGUAUCGCUGGAGGAAAUUCUUCCUGGGUGCUGGCUUUGGGAUGCUCCUUGGCCUUGGGCUCUGCCACCUCCUCAUCAUGCCUCUGGACCUGUCAGAGACACAGAGGGUGAGGCUUACCUGGGGGCUGACAGGGGUGACUGCCUUAGGCUGGGCCACGUCCCCGCACUUCCGCUGUGCCAACCUGCUCAUGGUCCCCAAGUUCCUUGGAAAGGAGGGUCGGCUCUACGUUGUCUCCUUUGUCUUUGCUGCCAUCUACAACGGGCCCGGGGCCAACCUCUGGCACAACCUGAUGGAGACGAAGCGCUCAAUGGACUGUGUGCUGGAGCUGCAGGUCAACCACACGAGACUCCUCUGGCAGGCGUCCAGGGCACCCCUGCGCCAAGUCAUGGAGGAGCUGGUGAGGAGCGCGGAGACGCUCAACACUGAGAUGCAGAACGUCUCGCAAUCCUUCAUGGAGCUGAACGAGCAGGUGGCCAGCGAGGAGGGCUACGACCUGCGGAAACGCCCAGGCACAGGCACGCUGCGGGCCCCCAGCACCCAGGAGCUCUACGAGAAUAAGACCAGACUCCGCUGUGACACUGUGAUUGAGAAGGGCCUGGAGCGCUGCACAAGCCAUUUCCAGUUAAUGUACACCAAAUGCAAGUUACAAGUGACCAUGCCCAUCAUCGACCACCUCAUCUGCCUGCCCAUGCAGUUUGGGUUCCUCUGCCACUCGGUCAAAUUAAUGAGGCCCUGGUGUAAGGAGAGUAUCCCUGUGGAUGGGAACUUUGGGAACACGUAUGACCAGGUGAACAACUCUGUCUACAGCCUUGGCCAGGAAUUCAGAGCCAACAUUGCCUACCAGGAGGAGCACCAUGAGAUGCUGGUGGGCAGCGAGAUUAUGGAGCAGCUGCAGGAGGAGGUGACCUCGCAGCUGCGGGAGCAAGGCGCCCGCCUGGGCCUGGCCGUGUCCUUCUUCCGCCUGCUGCUGUCCUUCACCUUCCUCUUCGUCUUCUUCUCGUCUUUCCAAUACACCUAUCAAUACUGUCACAAAGUCGGCUUUGACAACUGCUACAUCACCACCUAUUUCCGCCAAAUCGAUGCCCGGCGUGGAGAGCAGAACAAGCAGACACUGCUGCCCCUGCUCCGGGGGGAGACCUCAUCUUUCAUCUUCCCGUGCAACCCGGCACCGCAGCGGCCUGAGCUGCAGUACAUGGUGAUGGAGCUGCUCAGGUGCAUCCCAAUUCUGCUCUUCCUCCUCUUUGUCUGUGGCCUGGACCACUUCAUCUACAGCGUUCUCAGCAUCAUCCAGCAUCAUUCCUUUGUCGAGUAUUCUUACCAAUCCAGCCACCACUUGUCCGUGAACGUGAUGGGCACAUCCCUGAUGGCAGAGCUGCUGCGGGGCACCAUCGGCGCCCUCAACACCUCCUACGAGUCUGAACUGGAGACUUCCAACCUCGCCUGCCUGCCACAGCCCACCGGGAUGACGAGGCAGCAGUACCUGAACACCUGCCUGCCCCUGGGCGUGCUGGCCCUGCUCUGCCUGGCCCAGGUGUACCCAUUCCGCCUGCGCCGCGCCAUCGCCGCCUUCUACUUCCCCAAGAGGGAGAAGACUCGAGUGGUGUUCCUGUACAACAAAUUGCUGCGGCAGCGGAAGAAUUUCCUGCACCUGCAGCGCGGGCGCGUCGCCCGGCAGGCACGGCGGCCCCCCGGGCUGGGGACGCUGCUGCUGCAGUGGUGUCGCCAGCGUUGGCCCUGGAUGCGCCGCUUCUUGCGCCAGAAAUGCACCUUGUGUGGGAGGCCCGAGACUCCCCAGCACCAGCCCUGCCCCAAUCCCGACUGUAGCGCCCUGUACUGCGAGUCGUGCUGGAGGGGAGAGGGGGGCACCUGCCUCGCCUGCAGCCCCGCGGACCCCCAGCUCUUCCAGGAGAGCAGCGAAGAUGAGGAGGAGCAGGGAUACGCGGGCUGAAGGUACUUGGUAAUAAAUGUUUCACCCCA